GAGUAACGGUUCUGGGAACGGGGAGCUGCUCCCCGGCGGAGGGCGGCGUAGUCGCCGGUGUCACCAGUCAUCCUUCUGUAGCCUUCUGUCAGCGGUUCUCCUCGGGGGCAGCCUGCGUGCCUGUGUAGCCAAGGGAUAGGGAGGGAGAGGCCCUGCUAGUUGCUCUGGGGGCUUUUUUGUUUGCUUCACCCUCCGCCUGUCUGUCCUACAGCCGGAUUCCUUGGGAGUAAAAUAAUAAUAAUAAUAAUCCUGCCAGGUUUGCCCUCAUCCCGCAGCGCUUCGUGCCCAGGCCUUGCAGGGAGUCUGGAGUUUUGAUGGCGGAGAAAAAGGUGACAUUUAUGAAGACAACGAACCAUACAAUCACUCCUGCCUCAUCACAAAAGAAAGGCAAGAAGUUUCUGUUUCCUUAAACCCUCCUCCAAAACAUCUAACUUGACCCUAAAUCUGAAGAGCCCUGCUUUAUAUCCUAUUGUUGAGAUGCCAUCUGAUUGACUGGGAUGUGUGUUCUGCCUUCCUCUGUGAGUGAUAACUGCAACCUGUUCAGCUUGCAGGAAUUCUUGAUCUUUGCUAAAAUACACUGAGAAUUCUUUCUGUCUCUUCUGUAUCAACUAUUUCUAUGGAGUGGACGACAUGCAGUGAGGUAGAAGACAGCCCAAGCCCUCUUCCUUUCACAGAGCCUGAUAAGCUGCUGUAGAAUUCUGGCUUCAUAGCCACCACCCAGCAGACAGCCUGCACCGCUUGCAUGGGCAAGCACCUCUAGGCAGCAACUGACAGCCAUUCUCAACUGUGCCCCACCCAUCCCAAACAGCCUGUUCUUUGCACAUCCAAUGUGAGGUUCCCCCCAGCUAUAAGGCACCAUGUCUGAGAAGUUCAACUGCCACUACUGCAAAAAUUCCUUGCUGGGGCAGAAGUAUGUGCAGAGGGAGAGCUUCAACUGCUGCCUGGAGUGUUUUGAAAAGCACUGUGCCAAUGCCUGUGAGAAAUGCCAUAAGCUCAUAGGCGCAGAUUCCAAGGAGGUACGUUAUAAGGACCGCUACUGGCACAGCACCUGUUUCCGUUGUGACAAGUGCCUUCACCACUUGGCCAGUGAGACAUUUGUGGCCUGGGACAAUAAGAUCCUGUGCAAAGUCUGUGCCACUCAGGAGACCUCCCCCAAAUGCAAAGGGUGCCUACAGCAUAUUGUGGCAGGAGACCAGAAUGUGGAGUACAAGGGCACCAUCUGGCAUAAGAACUGCUUCACCUGCAGCAACUGCAAGCAAAUUAUCGGGACCCAAAGUUUCUUCCCUAAAGACGAUGAGUUCUACUGUGUGGCUUGCCAUGAUACCAAGUUUGCCAAGCACUGUGUGAAAUGCAACAAACCCAUCACAUCGGGAGGAAUCAGUUACCAGGAUCAGCCCUGGCAUACUGAGUGCUUUGUGUGUGUUUCCUGCUCUAAGGAGCUGAGUGGGCAGCGCUUCACCGCGGUGGAUGACCAGUAUUAUUGCGUGGAAUGCUACAAGAAGUUCGUGGCCAAGAAGUGCACUGGAUGCAAGAACCCCAUCACUGGCUUUGGUAAAGGCUCUAGUGUGGUAACUUACCAAGAAAAGUGCUGGCACGGCUACUGCUUCAACUGCAGAACGUGCUCUGCAAAUCUGGCCAACAAGCGCUUCGUCUUUCACCAAGAGCAGGUGUAUUGUCCCGACUGUGCCAAAAAGCUGUAACCUGACAAGGGCUGCGAUCCUGUAAAACAGCAUUCGAACCAUGAUUUGUGUUCUUUCUCUUUCUGCCCUGCACCAGCCACAGGGGGACCGGGGCCUUCACCUCUACAAAGUCGCUCCUCUGUCCUCCCUCACAUUUCAGUGUUCAGCUAAGGGCACACGGUGAUCAUGUUAGGCUUCAACGUAGAACAACCUUGCGGCAAAAAUCAUUUCUCUGUUGCACUAACCAUGUAACCACAUGAUUUAAGCAAGAAGCAUUAGCGGUAAUGCCUCUACUGAGAUAUCCCAGGCUCAGCUGGGUUCCUCUGUGUAGUCACACAACAUGCAAGAGUUGUAGCAAUUGCUCCAACUCACCUCUUACCCUCUUCUGUGAACAGAGAACUUUCCAGAUUGCAUGAUUAACUUCUUCAUCAACACUUGUGCUUUCACAGUACACGAAUUAACAGAAAAUAAACAUUUUGAGCCUGGCGGUGUUGGCGCACACCUUGAUCCCGCUACUAGGGAGGCAGAGGCAGGCGGGUCUGCAGAAACAGUUCCAGGACAG